UCUGGCGCCCCGAGGACAGGUCGUUCCAGCGGGGCGGCUUCGUUGACCUUGCCGAGGUAUGAAAGGGCCUGUCCGCGCUGGAGGGUGACCGACCAUCGCUGUCGAAACUGGUUGAGCAGCUUGGCGGCCUGGUACGAGGUCGGGUUCGCAUUGAAGAGGCGGCGGGCGCCAGUAUGGGCCAGGAGCUGUAGGAAAGCGGGCACCUCGGCACAGGGGCACCCGGGAUCGCGGCUGCUGAUCGGGUCGGUGACGGUGACGUCGCAGAUCCAUACUGCGCCCGAGUCACGGUCCCGGAUUGCCAGGUCGGCAGUCUGGUCGCCGAUGGGGGUAUAGGUGGCAGUUUCUUUCUCGACGAUGAACUGUGCGUCUCGUGCCAUGCGAGUGCACUCGUCCCGGAGAGCGUUGUGUGUAUUAGUGCGUCCGUGCCCUGUCCCACAGCGGAGCAGGUGGUUUGGGAGACGCGGG